AUGUCCAUGGCUUUUACAGUUGGUACGGUCCUCAAUGCUGAUGAUGCAAGGAAAGCCAUUAGAGCUGGUGCACAGUUUCUCAUGAGCCCUGGCACAGUCAUGGAAAUACUUAAUGAUCUUGAUGGAAGUGAAGUUCUGUAUAUUCCAGGAGUGCUGACACCAACUGAGGUUAUAUCUGCUUGCAAUGCUGGUGCUAAAGUCGUUAAGCUGUACCCAGCUUCGGUGAUGGGUGGAGAGAUGUACAUGUCUGCUCUAAAGAAACCAUUUCCUCUUGUACCAAUGGUUGCUUCGCAAGGAAUUACCAUAGGUUCGAUCAAGUCGUACAUGGAGGCAGGGGCAUCUGGGGUGGUGCUGUCCGAUGCUAUCUUCGACAAAGAGUUGAUGAGAGAAAGGAAUUUCAUUGGAAUUUCAGCACUCGCAAACCAGGCCACUUUGCAGGCAUCACGGUGUGGAAGAUGA